AUUCAUACCCAUUAUUCCGACUGACACGGCGGCAGAUCAGGUCGGACCACAACCGCAGACAAAGUCCAUCUCGAAUGCAACGCGCUGGUCACGGAAGGACUUUGACUUCGAACAUAAUGUAAUUCCUUUAACAGGUCAACCAUGGCGAAGACCGAUGGAAGCUUCUAUUUCCAAAGAAGUGGACUAUUUUGGAUUGUAACUGUAACUCUGUCCAUGAGCUACUACACGUGGACUGUGUUUUGGUCUGACGCAAUCCCAUAUGACAACUUAGGCCCACUCGGUUCCUUGACAAAAUAUCUUGUGGAUAACCAUUACCCUCUUCUGCACUAUGGUUGGUGGCUUGCCUGGGCUAUACAUUUUUUUGAAGCAGUUGUUGCCAUGAAGAUAUGCAGUGAUAAAGGAGUGGAGAGCUUCAAAGCACGCUGUCUGUGGUUUGUACAGACAUUCCUGUUUGGGUUUGCCUCUCUUGGCUUGCUUAUUAAGUACAAGCCUGACCGUGUACCAAAAGAAGACUGACUCGCAUCGGAUGCUGCUGAAGAGUCUUUAUGAACAAAGCAUUCCUCUACACCUCUACAAGUCAACAUAGAUUAUCAUUGGACUCAAUACUAAUACUACUACAGUAAUAAGAAGAAUGUUGAUGGUGGUGGUGAUAAUAAUUGGAGAAUUACCCUCGUGCUGUGACUGAGCUUAUUGGCUGGCAUACAGCCUGUGUCAUUACUUAUAAAAUGCUUGUGUCAUCAUUCAAGACAGUGUAAUAUACAGUAUGAAGAAAGUGGAUACCUAUGUUAACAAACAAUGAAUUACAUUAAAUGUGAACAACUCAUGUAACAUACAUGUUUAAAACAUUGUGAUGAUUUCAAAAAUGGAAAAUAAAUGCGAACAAUUUAAAGGGACACUUAA